UGAACUUUCUACGCUACAGUAGACAACGACAAUAGGAACAGCCUCUCUUGUCCAGCUCAGUAAAUAAGAAAAGGCACUCUCUUCCCUUUGCUGUAUGGUGGCCAGCUAUCUUCACUUUCUUUGCACUGUGCCUGGCCCUCACGAUAGGAAUGACAGUCCUAGGUCUCAGAGAUUCUAAGGCACCUGAGGCACAAAAUGAAAACCUGCAAGGACUAAAGGAGAGAUUGUGCAUGAUGGAUGAUGCAAUCAGUAAGAACGAUAGAUCCACAUGUUCACUCUGCCCUGUAAACUGGAAAUGGAUUGGAGGCAACACCUGUUUCUACUUUUCAGAAGAGGAGGCCACAUGGCAGGAAAGUAAAGACUUCUGCUUCUCCCUGAAUGCCACCCUUCUUAUGCUGAAGAGGAAAAGCAAGCUGAUUAGCAUAUCUCAUCUAUCACAAAAAAAAUCUUACUGGGUUGGAUUAUCAUACGGAGUUGAUGGCUGGUCUUGGAUAGACGAUACAAAACUUUCUACAAAGAGAACAGACUGGAUUGUUUUGUCCUCAAAGCAAAACUGUGCAUGCCUGUUUUAUCGUAAUUCAGGAGUUUACAGUGAGAAUUGUUAUGAGAAACAUCCCUGGAUCUGUGAGAAGGCAGCAGUCCAGCUGAUGUAA